AUGGCGUUUUCGCCGCAGCUUACCAUCGCCAAGGCAUCGCUCCUCGCCUCCCUGGUGCGAGCGGAACCGACGGCUUGCUCCCGCGACGAGAUCGAGCACUUCCACAUGCUGCUUGACUCCGCCAUCGCCCAAUGCUCACCAGCCAACGUUCAGUCUACGGCAAGGGUGGCCGCCCUGGGCAAGUUCCUGGCCGCCCUGGCCGCAUCUUCCGUCGCCUCUGAGCGACACCACAACAAGAAAUCGGCUGCGCCCGCCAACAACAAGCCCCGCGUGGCGCCCCGGAAGCCUUCGGCCAAGCGAAGGAGACUGCACCUGCUUUACAUCAUCAGCGACGUCCUGCACCACACUCGCACCGUUGACAAGGAUGAUACCUUCGCCGCUGGCUUGGAGCAAACCCUCCCGGCCAUCUUCAAAAGUGCAGCCUCCUUUAGCAAAUCGCCCAAACACAUCAAGAAGCUCCAUGACCUAGUGUCCUUGUGGGAGGAGAGGAGUUAUCUGCUGUCGCCGGAGCUUCCUGCCAAGCUUCGCGAGGCCAUCGCAGCCGGCUCAGCAGCCAUUUCAAGCUCGAAUGUUACCGAAGCUGAUGGUCAAAGGGGUGGGAAAGCAGGAGGCGCCCCGGCUCCCGCCAAGGAGGCGCCGUUCUUGCUGCCCUCGACCCACGGCGACCCAUCGACGGCCUGGUAUGACCUGCCGGCCGCCAACUGGCUGCACGUCCUGGAGCCCAAUUCGACGCGGGUUGUGGAUCCAGCCCGAAUCAAGCCGCUGGAGCUGAACCCGGGUGCCGCCGACGUGUAUCUUGUCGAGGCGGUCAAGUCCCUCCUGGCCGAUGUUGACCGCCAAUAUUCUUCCGAUGUCGGCGUCAUCGGCGCCGCCGACGAGAAUGACCCUUCAGUGAGCAUCGACCAGAUGGGCGAGCGCGUCGAACUCGAUGAAAUCACAGGCAAGAUCCUUGGUGGCACCACAUAUUACGGGUGGUCCCGUGACUUCUGUCUCAAGAUGAAGGCCCGGCGGAAGCAGGGUCGCGCUGGUGGUAGGGGCGGCGGCUCCAGAAGUAGGUCGCGAGAUUCGAGAGACAGCAGCGGUUCCACACGCAGUCGGGGUCGGGACGUUAAUCGAGACCGGGGUGGCAGCUACAACCAAGGCAGAGAGAGGAGCAGAGGGAGAGAUGGGAGCAGUGGUGGCAGCCGGGCCCGUAGCUCGUCCCGCCCGGUCUUCAAGCGUCGCCGUGUGUCUCUGUCUCAGAGUAGGAGCCAGUCGAUGGAUCGCGGAGGGAUCGGACGCGGCCGCAGUCGCAGCCGCAGCUACUCCCCGGACCACUACCGGCGACGAUCCAGGUCUCGCAGUGGCUACGCACCUUCCAAAUCACGGUCUAGGAGCCGAGACCACCGCGGGAUGGACCCCUCCCCGGGAUAUUCGCCCCCUCCCGCAGCCGCUACAGGGCCGGUCGCGCCGUUUUUCCCGGGCAUGCCGUCAAACAUGCCGCCAAACCCGCAAUUCCCGCCGCAACCGCCCAUGCCGCCGAUGCCCUUGCCUCCGCCGCAUAUGAUGCCCGCCAUGCCGAUGCCACCUCACCAGUUCCCCGGCCAAGCGUUUGGAGCCUACCCCCCGCAACCCCCGUUUCAGCCCUACCCCAACCAGUGGCCCGCUGCUGUGCCUGUGCCACAUCCUCAUGGCCUUCCAAACACCCCGAUGGGCAUCCCGAUGCAAGCCCCGCCGUGGCUGCCACCGCGGCCGGAUCAGCAGGGCGGAUGGAUUGGCGGGUGGGGUGCUCAGCCGCAGCAACAGUCGCCUCAGUCCCCCGCGGGCUCCCCUCCGGCCCAUCAACAUCAUCGACCGCAGCAGGGCGGCUAUCAGCACCAGUACGGGCGGGGCGGGGGAACGGGCGGCUACAGAGCUGGGCCCGACCCCUACGCGCAGGACCUUGGUCCCUCGGCAAAGUAG